AUGCGAGAGUUUGAUUUUCAUUAUAGCCCUUUUAUUGCUCUUGGGCUUGAUGCGGAACAAAAAUACUCUGAGAAGGACAUCGAGAAGGCUUUCAGACAAGCAUCCCUGCAUUGCCAUCCAGACAGACGGCGUAUAGUCGAUGUAAAACUAGACAGAUGGCCUACUAUUACUCAUUUGAAAGACUCCAGAGAGUAUAUUACCGGCCUACUUAAUCGCGACUUAAAUGCCCUCCGCAUCCCACCAGAUCGAUUUUUGCUUUUUCCUAUAUCAUUCGAUCCUAGACACCCACUUGGGGAUGCAAAGGUCUAUCAUCUUACUGAAAAGCCAGGGAUUGUCUGGCGGCUUUGUGGCCUACCGCGUUCACAUGGCCGCGACGAGGUAACACCAGUCGAAGAGGACCGACAAUUUGAUCGUGAUCGACGAGGUCCGCCUCCAGCCAAGUACUUCCUUAGAGUAGAGCUCCAUUCACGGCACAUGAGAAGAGAGCUUAAAUCCAAGCUAGCACCAAAUGGCUCAGAACGCUCAAUCCGUAUCACAAGCAGUAGACAGUCUUCUGCAAGAUACUGCUGUCGAUAGGCUUAUCUUUCCAGAUUGAAGACCCAAGUAUAACUGCAGAAACAACGGGCCGCCGCCCGCUACCGCUCACCGUCGAAG